AUGUCCACCCCCUCCACCCCCUGGCAAUCAGGCACCCACGCCGCCCUGGUCCCCCUCAGCACGCAUUCCCUCUACCUCUCCGCCUCCGGCCCCAACCGCCCCCUCACCAGCACCGGCAACCUCCAACCCGCCAUCAUCAUCGAAGCCGGUCUCUGCAGCGGCCAUUCCGAAUGGGUCGCUGCUAGUCGACUAAUUUCCCAACGCGCCCGAGUCUACAGCUACGACCGGGUAGGCUACGGACGCAGCGAGCCGUCCCCACACGAAUACACCGCCGAAAACGGCGUCCGAGAAUGGGUUUCAGACAGUCCAAAUCUAGCUGGACUUUCUUUUCUCGGGCAUUUCCAACUUUCUUUAUUCGCGGUUGCAUGAUUGUCAUUCACCCUCCUAAAGCCAGUAUUAUCUGCUAUCAGCGAUAGCGCUAUCAUACCCCUGGCAAC